AAUGAUGGAUUUAUGGUGGAGAAGCGAGGGGAGACCCACGCGGUUCCAUGCUUGUCUCCUGCGCCUACCACCUCAACUCACCAGUCUGCUAUCUAUGCAGUUCGAAGAACCUGCUCCCGCCUCGUAUAGGCUCAACCCCCACCAACUGAAAAAUGUCGUUGAUGCCCACAAUUCAGCGGCCAGUGCGACACCGGCAUCGCUACCAUGGCCAACGCCUACCACGGUCAAUGCCCACCACGACCAGGCACAGCUCGCCAGUGCCAACCUCCCCGGCAUGUCCAGCCACGGCUUAAUGUGCUCAUUGCCUGCGUCACCAUG